AUGGAUGGAGCCAAACUCUCGAACGAUCCCCUUACCCGGAAGUUUAUAGAAGAAGGCGAUUCUGUCCAUGUUUACCUGGGUCCGGAUCAGCACGGCAUUGUCAAUGUUCUACGUGAUGGGAAAGAGGUGAAUGCUCUGCUUACCCACAAAGAUGUUGCCGACAUCGAUGAGGGUUGGAGCAUCGAAGGCAAGAAAGAAGAUGUCUUGAAUUAG